GAAAAUGCUCAAAAUUACAUUUCUUUUUUUGCUUUGUGGAUUUUCUGUAUUUGGUUAGGAUGCAGUUAUUCCCAAUAUUUAAUGUGCAUGCUAAUAGAUUAUGAGCUAAGUAGAAUGCAAUAAUUGGAAUUGCUAAUGGAUAAGUACAACAUCAUAGGCAGGUUAUUGUGGAUAAAUUCAGUGUAGUUAACUAAAUUAAUAGCAAUGCCAAGACGAAAACGUUAGAUGUUAUUACUAAGAAUCUAGUUAAUAAAUUAGUUGCUUUGUUUUUGAUACUUGUGAAAACAUUAGAACAACAACUGGAUAGUCAUGCUAAUAAGCUAAUCCAAAGUGUGUAUAAUCAGAAAUAGAUAUAAAUAAAUGUAUUUCCUCAGGAGAAAAAUGCCAAGGAUUAUCAUAAAGUCAGUGUACAGUAACGUAGGAUAUAUAGGACACAUAUACUUUGACAACGGAAGGAAUGUGCUUUUGGAAUGUUUCAUCUUGUCAAGUUGUGAGUCAAUGUGCAGAAAUUUAAUAUGAAAGUAUAUGUAAUAAAAAAUGGCUAAAUUAUGCUUGUUAUUGGACUGGUACAAAAUGUGUAAGUUAAACAUGCUCAUAAUUUCAAUCUUAGAAUACUUGUCGAUUUAUUCAAACAACUCCUUUGAAUGGUGCUUUAAUUCAAUCAUGUUUUUGGAAUGGUCAAACUUGCACAAAUGGAACAACUGAUCAAUUAACUGAAUACACUUGUGCUGCUAAUACCAAUUAUCAUUAUAGAUGGGUACCAAUUGAACCAUUAUUUGGGAUUUGUGCGUAAUGUAUUCUAAAUUAAUAUGAUUUACCUAAUGAUUGUGAUUGUACACAACUAUUACUAUAAUCUGAAUGUAAUAAUUCUCCAAAUUGUAAAUGGGCCAAUGGUAAAUGCAUAAAAGUAUAAUGUUCAGAGUAUACAUCAUAAUAAAAAUGUGCAUAAAUUUAUGGAUGCUUUUGGAAUGCACUUAUAAUUCCUUCUCUAUGUCAGCCAUAUAGUAAUUGUGAGGAAAUAUUAGAAAAGAACUCCUCUACUUGUAUUGCAUCCUCAAUCUAUUGCCCAGGGUCCUAAGAUGGUCAUUGUUUAUCUUAAUCAGGCUUAAGUACAUGUUCAGAGCUCUUCAACAACAAACCUAUUUAACCUAGUAUUUGCUAUAAUUCUAUAGGGAAGGAUGGAUAUUGUACUUAUGAACCAGGAAAUCGCACUUGCACGAAUGUUUCAUAGUGUAGUGGUCAGUUAACAGAUGUCUGUAAUUAAUUUUAUAGAACUUGUAUUUGGAAUAAUAAUAUGUGUUAAAACAAACAAUGCGAAGAUUAUUAAACUCAAAGUAGUUGCACUUAUGUUUACAGUUCCAUUAAUGAAGCUAAUAUCAACAUUUGUACUUGGAAUGAAGACACAAAUAAGUGCAAGAACUUUGAUAAUUCAAUAUACUUUGAUAUAAAUUCAUGCUACAUAUAAUCUGGAAGAACUCAUCGUUGGAGUCAACCACGAAGUACUAUCUAAAAGGGAUUCUGUUUACCAUGUAAAUUUUCACAUGUUUUGAAUGUCAAAUCUAAGUGUGAAUGCCAAGACUUUAGCCAGUAGAUUGAAUGCAUGCAAUCUUCCCCCAAUUGUUAUUGGAAUUAUAAUACAAGCACAUGUCAAAUUUAGAAUUGUAGCUCCUUAACGAAUUAAGGUUCUUGUAUAUUCAACAAAGAUUGCUAUUGGAACCAAUCAAAAAAUUGCACUCAUAUCUCUAAUUCAACUUAAUCAUUUUGUUCAUCAUUAUAGGGAAAUACAUAACAAGAAUGUUUAAGCCAAUCCAUUCUUUGCGCUGGAAUCACCAAAACAGGCUUAUGUUAAUCCUCCUUGCAAUAGUGCAAUGAUUAUUAAGAAUAUUAUUAAUGUUUUGGUUCUUUAGGUGCUGAUGGCUUGUGUUAGUGGAAUCAAACUACUUCUGUGUGUUCAGGUACUAGCAAUUGUACAAAGAUAUUAAACUCCAUCUUAUGCAAUACUAUGUUACGCUCUUGUUAUUGGUAUUAAGGCUAAUGUUAUGCAUAUAACUGCACUUCUCUAUACAGUUUAAACUAGAGUUGUGAUUACUAUCUUAGUUAGCCUAAUUAAAAUUACGAAGUCAAAUUUUGUAACUUAAACGGAAAUGUGUGUGAUGAGACUUAAGAUCUUAAUACUCGAACUUCACAAAACUGCUAUAAUUCCACUGGAGGAAUCGCCAGAUGGGAUAACAAUACUGGAUGUGAAAAAUGCUAUGGUUAAUUAAUCAGUAUCAUUAUUAUCAUCUUGAUUUCCAUAUUAUGA